AUGGAGCACGUCUACCCCGAUCUCCACGCUCCCUCCUCCGCCAUGCUCCUCCCCUCGAUGCCCCAGAUGCACCAAAUACACCAGAUGCACCACCCCGCCAGCCCUCCGUCGUCCUCCUAUCCCAUGCCCGACGAGCCUCGGCACCUCUUCGGCUCGCAGCCUUACCUCCCCUAUCCGCCUCCGUCGCCCUACGACCACAGCCACAACCAGAACCACAACCUCUAUUACCCUCCGACUCCCUACUAUGCGCCUCCCCGAGCCAUGGACACCACCGGCCAGAUCGCCCCGCCUGGCAUGCGCCCGCGCCUCACUACCAGUAUCUUUGAGGAGGAGGGCGGUCUUUGCUAUCAGGUAGAUGUGAAUGGGAUCUGUGUUGCGCGGCGCGAAGAUAACCACAUGAUAAACGGUACCAAACUCCUCAACGUCGCCCAAAUGACCCGCGGCCGCCGCGACGGCAUCCUAAAAGCCGAGAAGCAAAAGACUGUCGUCAAGGUCGGGCCUAUGCAUCUAAAAGGCGUAUGGAUCCCAUACGAUCGCGCCCUCGCCCUCGCCAACCAAGAAAAGAUCACGGAAUUGCUGUACCCCCUUUUCGUGCAUGAUAUCGGGGCGCUGCUGUACCAUCCGAGUAACGCGGCGCGGAUCCCGUGGAUACAACAGCAGCAAGGAGGGGAAGAGGGGGAGGAUGGGAGGAGUAGGUUGUAG